CAGCGCUAAGAGUUGCACAUGUUCGUAUUUCUUGCAUAUAAAAGUUGAAAUAUAUUGAAAGGUUUGCCAAUUAUUGGCACCUAAUAUUUGAGAAUAAUAAAUGUACAUAUUUUAUACAAAUGUAAAAUAUGUAAGUCGUAUUUUCAAAGCUUGGCUGCAUGAAAAUAUGAGCUGUGAAAAAUAAAUUGUGAAUGUAAAUCUUGUAAUUUACGUCAGUUCGCUGCGUAAUUUGACUGUAGACUCGGUUUUAAAUAAAAUAUGGAUGAAGCAAAGCAGCAAUCAUUCAAACCACCAACAACAAUGCCAACUUCUGGGCAGGGCAAAGCCAAAAACAAUAAAAUGCCGAUGCCUUCGUCUACGCCGUCGUCUGCACAGUCACUUGAUACAGAAGGAUCAUUGCCUAGGCGAAUCAUCAAUCAAAUACCAUUAGAUUUUAAGAAACUAAAAGAUGCAGGCUUGCAUAGAAAACUGGCAGUGGCGUUAAGCACACAAAAUGUGCUCGGAACAGAAAGUAUUGCAUCAGAAACAACAAAAGCGUCGCCAUCAAACUCUGUAAUUCUGUCCACAGCAGCGCCGACAAAUGCGACAACGCCUGCAACACAUACACAAACACGCAUACAAGGAAAGCAACAAUGCGAGGAACAGAAUGCUGCAAACCAUAUCGGGAAUAAUAAGCCGAUGUCUAGCACUGAACAAUCGUUAUAUAUUAAAAGGCUAAUAAAAAAUAAAAUUCUGAACAAAUCUGCACAUUUGGAGCCACAACAGCAACCAAAACGGGCGCCAGCAGCUACGGCAAAAACAGCAUCGACAAGCUUGGGACCUACAAGCCAUCGUUCUGGCCAGUCAAGUGGCUUCUCAGGGCCCAUAGCCAAAGCCGACUUAGCGGUACGUUCCAAGCCGCCGUUGUUGCUCAAUUUGGUGAAUCAAUUGCCCAGACAGCGUGCAAAGUGUGGAAGUAUACAAUCACCGCAAAAGAGGCAGUCAACGCCAGCACGAGCGUCAGAUGUAGACAUUUCAAUAAAUCGAGCAUCUUCACCAGCUCGAACAGUAUCGGCUGCACCAGCACCACAAACACCAGAAGCUGCACAUCAGCCAAAAUCUCCGCCGCCGCUGAUUGUACUGGAGAACAAGGUGCUGGCCCCUGAAGAGAAAAUUGAUUUGAGGGCUUUGCGAUUGCCAAAUGGCCAAUCCACGGCAGUUCCGACCACUUCACCAUCCUCUGCAGCGGAUUUGGAACAUGCAGAUAAGGAAAAAACAGCAGAUAAGAAGCCCACUGCUCCGAUCAAGAAGAUCAUACUGAAUAUGAAUAAACGAAAAUUGCCACGUGAGCAAAUCGCUCAAUUGGCCAAAGAAGUGCACAAGCAAGCAAUGCAGCAUGUCCAGCAGCAGAAGCCGCCCAGCAGAGACACUCAAGCUGUAGAAUUAGUGGAAGCUUUAGGCUCAGUCGCCAGCAAUAUCAAAACCAUACCUCCUAUGAAUGCGACUUGUGCAUCUUCAAAUGCUCCAGUCAUUAAAACUUCCACGAGUACUGAACCAUCUUCCUCAUCUGCAAUACCCUCACCGCUAACAAGUCCAAUUAUUGAAACGUUACCUAGUCCGAACCUUUCUUUAUUAUCAUCAGCUCCGUUGAUAACUUCAGUCACAAGUAAAAAACCUCCUUCGUCACUUAUAAUAGCUUCCUCGAUAAUAACACCUGGGAGCAUUAAACUUGGUUCAUCACCAGAAAUCGCCGCGCCUUCUAAAAUUCUAGUUACUAAAGCUUCUACAAAUUUAGAAUCUUCCGGCCCAUCUUCAGUAAUCUCGCGAUCCUCAGUUACAGCAAUACCGCGCACAGAUACUGUUGGCGCAUCUUUAAUAAAUCCAAGCAUUGAAACUUGCUCGACAACAAUAACAGUUUCCCCACCAAGCAAGGCCACCAAAGGAACAACAAAUAAGACAACUAUCGAGAUUCGCUCACCAUCAUCAUCAUCUUCGUCGUCACCCCUGCCAUCAUCAGCGCCAUCUUCUUUAUCAGCGUCAGCAGAGGUUAAGAACGACCCAACAAACCAUGAUUUAUCCGCCGUGGAUUUCAUAGCACAGCUGACUGCAACUGAGGAUGGCGAUUCAAAUAACUAUUUUGAGCUGUCCCCUGAGGAAAUGAGUUUGAAUGCAAAAUUUGGCAAUUCUCAGUCCUCAAUUCCACCUCCACCUGCACAAACUACAAAGCCGAAGGAUGAUUUGGCCAUAGGCAAGAUAUUACAACUGCAGGAUAUGGAUUUUUUGCACGCCACAUUAAAUGUGAAUGGCAAGGAACCCAAUGUCUUAUCUAUUAGUCCAAAUGCAACGAUUGUGGAGAGCAGCGCAUGUACAAAAGAUACUGAAAUUCCAGCCUUGGAUAGCAAUAACGAAGAACAGUCAGACAAGGUCAAGUUUAAACCUAUGAAGAUAACAGCGCUAAAAAAUGUGUGUGGCAAUCCAGAAAAGAACAAUGCUUUAUCGAAGUCCUCAACUGUAGUAGAAGCAGAGUCUUCUGUGGAUGACACGCCCAAAGGGCAAAUAAUUUCAGUGCCUGAGACUAAAGUUCAAUUACAUGGAGUGGAAGAAAAAAAGCAGAUUGCUAAGCCGAUACCUUACAAACCCAAAAAGGGCAAAAUCAAUUUGGUACAACGUAACAAAAAACCAAAUGUUUCUAAGCCGAAUGAGAGUAUAGGAAAAAAUGUAGCUGAAGAACUGUUACGCACAUCUGAUAUGGAUAUUUCAUCUGAUAGUAUAGAGCUGAAGGAUGUACAGUGUGUUCAGAAUUUAAUGAAUGAAUCCCUUGAAGGUGUGACGGACAGUAAAACACAAUCACGGAAUGAUUUAAAUCAAAACGUGUCCCAUAAAAAUCCCGCUGAAGUGAAAAAUAAAAUUGAACAAUCAAAAGAAACUAUAGAUGAAAAAGAAAUAGAAACAUAUAAUGGACAGUCUAUGGAAGACGUAAAGGAUUCCAUGAAUGAAAAUACAUAUGCAACAGAAACAGUCAGGAACAGCAUAGAAAAUUUAACCAGCACAUCAGGUGAUAAAAGUGUGAUCUCAAAUAAAAUAGAACGUGUGAUAACUAAAGAUGAUGAAGACGUAAAUAAUGUUGUUACUAAUACGGUUCAAGUGAAUCCCGUCAAAGAAAGAGACCUAUCGCAGCUAUAUCAUCCGCCUAAGAUGUCAAAGCUUAAGUCUGGCAUGUCAAACAAGAAGGAUGACAAUAAUGGGACCGUUCAUGAGGAAGCUAAUUCGGCAUUUACACCAACAUCAGCUGUGUCACUUUUCGAUGCUGUAAAGCAAAAACAGCCUCCGCCACAAGAAGCAUUGGGUAUCAAAAAUCUUGUGACCCACUUGGCAGCAGAGAAAGUGGUGCCGUGCAGCAACGAGGUCAAGCCGGAGUCGACAGCUAAGCUGCCUAGAAAGAAGCUAGUGAAAACGCGACCGGUGCUGACCGCCAAGAGACCUGCAAAAGCUGCCCAAGCAAAGGCAACCGCAUCCGACAAAGCAGAAUCUCUACAUGCAAUGAAAAGACCACUUCAUGUGGAGAGCAAUACAAAUGGGGCCCAUCGAACAAAAACAUCCAGCACCAGCGAUGACGAUGGUGAAUUUUUUCAUGGUUUCGAAGAGAAAUCGAGCAGUAAACGUGUCAAGCAUUCCAAGGCUAGAGAAACGGACAUAAGUGAUGAUGCCUCGCCGGACUAUGAUGAGACCGAAGAAGAUCCCCACUCGGACAUCGAAUUGCUAACCAAUAAACCAAAGACUGAAGCUGUUGUAAAUAAUAAUGUGACCAAUGAAUCAAUUGACCAGGAAGUAGAGGUAAAAACCAUGAGUAAAGAAGUUGUCGUUCCAACUGAGCCAGUUGUAGGGGGGUCAUUGAAGCGAAAAGCAUCUAAGAGGAACGCUAGCGCGCAGGAGGCGGGAUUAGAAUCUGCGCCGAAACGUGCCCGUAGGACUAUGAAAGUAAAAGACGCGAAAAGCGGCUCGAAGUCGGCAGUAAACGUCAAAAGUCCCGAGUCGAAGGAUGUGAAUCCUUCGACAGAUGCUAUGAAAAUUGAAAAUGUCAUGGAAAUAAAUACGCCGGAUGAAGUUGAACCAUCUCCAGUAAAGAAAAGGCGAGGUCGGCCGCCAAAAUCCGAAGCGUUAGAUUCUUCUGUUAAGCUAAUUACACCAAAAGCCAAAGUACAAUCGAAAGAUAAGAGCAGCAGCUUGUCUAAGGCUGCCGCAUCCACUCCUAAGACGUUAAUAACACCGACGCCAAAGCGCCGUGGUCGCAAACCCAAAGGAAUGGAAGGCGUCAAUGAUGUCCCUGAUUCCUGCAAGCAAAUCAACGACUACUACAAGCGACUGUUACUCAUACGCAAGCGAUCGCAAUUGGAGACCGAUGAGGAGUUGCGAGAGGAUGGCCGAGGUGAGGGCGAUCUGCAAUGUGGCUUGUGUCUCGUGCGCUGUAACAGUGACGCCUGGCAGUCGCAUAUCGCAGAGCACUACGGCGUUGGCUGGCCUAUCGGGGAACCUGCUCCGUUGCUCACUCGCAAUAACGUGGUGAAAAUGAUUAAAACUUAUAUGAAUGGGGGUACCAGGCAACUGAGUUGUCGUUUAUGUAAAAGUGAACUGAUUUCCGCUAUGGGAUUGUUAAUACACUUGGAAGGUUGUGGUACCAAGCAGCGCAUAGUGUGCGAGCACUGCAACGGUAGUUAUACCAAGCUAUCCUUUGCGACGCACAGUCGCUCCUGCUUUAAGCGUGUGUCAGUGCAAAGUGAAAAGGAGCCGGCAGCUGAGGCAGCGCCAGAUGUAGAUACAGUUUACAGUAAUACAGGUCGCACCAAGCGCAAGUCCACCUUGAAAGCUGAAACAAAAUUGGAGAAGAUUGCAAGUCAAACAGAAAAUAGCAAGGACACCGAUGGCGACGCAUCCGACUAUGAAAUUACCGCGGAUAAAGAAUCAUCUGAUGAUGAAGACGAUGAGUCGGAAGUCUCGAGUAUAAGUGAUGAGCCUGUUAAAAUACCGCCCAAACGAGAAAAUGCAUUGUGUAAUCGUAUUAAUAUUAGAAAAGCGAUGAAGGAGCGCAGCAAUUAUUUUAUCAAAAAGAAUUAUGCCAAAGACACUUUGUAUCCGCAUUUACUGCCCCGAUAUGAAAAGCUUUUGCCUGCCGAUGCUGAAGAACUGUUGCCAUCUAUGGAGUCCACUUCCAUGCGUUACGCCUAUGGCGAAGAGCAUGAGAACGCCUGGAUGCAUUUGACGCCGGAGGAGGGCUUUCAAAAAGAGGAUGAGUCUGUCUGCUAUCUUGGCACACCUAUUAAGGAGCUUGCAUGGGUGCCUUUACCAUCGACUGUAAAGACACAAUAUUUGUUAUGCUCUCAACGCAAUAAGGUGCUCGGCUAUUCCCGUCAAUUUAAGGACAACCCGGAAAAAGCAUUACUGUUCCUGGUCGAAUGCAAGAUGUCGCCAGGUUGUGAGGACAACGUCUUUCCAUUGCAGAUUCGAGUGCAUUAUAGUAUAUGUGUGCCAGAAGGACCGGUGCAUAGCAUAGCAUUUAUGCCUAGCGGCGGCUACGAUGAAUCUAUAAACCGAUUGGGUUUACUUGCCGUGGGCAGUUUAUCGGGUACAGUUAUUUAUGCGCUGCCAUUAUGCCUUAAGAACGAGAGCGACCAUACGAAUAAACAGCGUGAUGUUAUUGUUUUGCAACCAGUGCUUACACUUAGCUUGGAUAUAGAUAAUCCUGUGCAGGAUGCGUGCACUAAAAUAUGUUGGUCUGAAAGUUCUGGUCACAGUUUGAUAGUGAGUGGCUACGUCAGUGGAAAUGUGGCAUUUUAUGACAUUUCGGACGACCAAGGACUGAAUUACAUGGAACGUAAUAAUCAACGUUACUGUGUACCUGCUCAUUUCUUUUAUUUUGGCGAAAGAAAUAUAUAUCAUCUGGAACUGCACUAUGACACGAAUGGAGUCCGUUGGUUGGUUAUUGGUACCACGGUGCGUAAGCUUUGGGUCUAUGACGUAGCAAACUUAUCGCAACCGAUGCCAAUUAUUGGUGACACCGUAUGUAAUUUGUAUUUGGGAUGCCUUGCCUGGUCUCCUUUGUGGGAGUCCGUGGUUAUUGGAUGCACCGAAGUUUAUAAAGCUCAGUUUCCGCGCUUGCUAACGCUAAAUCCAUCGGGCAUGAAUUUCAGCCAUGCGACGUUUGAUAUAACGCUGAGUAGUGCCCGUUCAGUGCAUUUCAAUUGGGAGCAUUUGACAUUAGUUGCUGUGACGGAUAACGGAGAUGUGGACUUCUUGUUUUGCGAUCAAUUAAAUUUGCUACAAAGACGAUCGAGGGACUGUCGUGUCGCAUCGACAAUGGAUGUGCGUUGCUUGAACGGCAGUGCGGAAUCGAAUUUGGUUACCCCAGAAGAAUUUAAGCAAGACUACGGGUUGAUCCUCAAGCCACUUACAAGAAUAGCUCAGAAGAAGAAGAAGUCAACUUAUUUAAACAUAAAGAGACUACCAAAUUUAGAUCUGGUAUCCCUUAUGCGUCUCAAUUGUGUACGAUGGAACUGGAAUGUUGAAGCACGUAAUUGGGUAGCCGUUGGUGCUGAGCAUGGUUUACUUCGUAUAAUCAAUUUUGAUGCGGAUAAAAAAUUUAAAUAUUUUUGAUAUACCCACUAUUGAGAUUUUAGUUGUAAUAAAUAAUUAUGUUAAUAUUAUAAAAGUAACGGU